AUAACAACACUGGCUACUACAAAUAAACUUCAAUGUAUACACUGUCCCAGUGUCUAGGCAGGAUCAUCAAUACGGCCUGGACUUGUGGAGAGCCAUGAUUCCUAUAACUUGUUUUCUGGUUGCCUUGUCUCUUGCUGUUGCAAGUGCUUGGCCUGAAUGGCCUGCUGAGUCUAGUUACACAGGCCUGUCCUAUGGGCCGACACCAUUCUGGUGUAAGCCAAAUGGCUUGGCAUGUCUAAAAGGAAGGACAUUUGCUGACAAUCCCCGAGGUCAGAACGUCACAGUUGAUCUCAGUACAACUAAAUCAGUACAGAAAAUCAACCACGAGUACUGCAACCUCACCAACUAUGGAGGCCCUAGUACACAGGUCCCUUGUGUAGAAUACUGGCAGGCAGAUGGACGGGUAUUCAUUGCUUCUGACAACUUCUGUUGCCAAGGUUAUGGAUCGCCUGGAUUAUUUCCCUUGAAAGUACCGCAGACAAACUGGAUGACCCAACAGAUGAAACUAAAUUCUCAACUUGGACACUACAAGGGUGCGUUUUACGAUGGUAAAGUUUACAAUUACACAAUGACAUUGAACCCUGGACCUCCUCCAUCCUCCAAGGUCAAACAGCCGUCCCCACCUCAUGGAGGCGGGAUCCACUUCUGGUAUUACGCAUCAUUCCCAGAUAAGAAGCCGGUCGCCCAAGGAGAGGGGUGUGUUGUUGAUGUAAGCCAGGCCUCUAGGUGCGUUAGUAAUGCUCCAGUCUACCUUUUCACCGAGUAUCAUGUGUUCUCUGCCACAACGUUCAGUAACUACACAGAGUUUGAACUUCCAGCUCAAUGUAAAGACAGUCGGAAAACUGACUGUUACAAUAGGGGUGGAGGGCCACCUCCAUUGUUCUAAAACCAUUACAGUUGUUUAAACUCGCCAAAACCUCAAGACUUAUGAUUUGACUAUGUUGUUUGAUGUCUACUAAUUUAUAUGAACUAAAUAACAUAUUUUAAUUCAAUAUAAUCCCUGUGUGUAUUCAUGAUUAUUUAUAAGAAGAAACCCUACAUGUUGUUAUUUCCAAUAUUGUCCAAACAAAUAUAGUCUUAUUUUGAUUAUUUAUUUUCAUUAA